AUGACAGAGCCUUCCCUUCUCCCUGCUGCCCAGAUGGAAGGGCUGGCCCUGCUGCCCCUGGCCUCACCCUGUCCCCGGAUCCCACGAGCCCGCAUCACCAGGCCGCCAGGGCGAUGGGCCCACCUGGGCUGCAGCCCUGGCCCCCCUACAGGCCCCACAAAUCUGCAACAGCGUCCUCUGAGGCUACGCCCUGCUGACUGCUCCCACUCACGGCUGUCCUGGGCAGACAGCUUGUCCAUGGAUGGCUUCUGGAUGGAGGUGGAACGGAUGCAGCAGAGGGGUGGAGCGAAGGAGGAGGACAGUGGUGGAAGCAGAAGCCAGCUCCUAGAAGGGGAUGCUGAAUCUCAGUGGCUACGGGAUGCAGGUCUGUCUGGCCUGGUUGGUGGCCUGGGCUCGGAUGGCGAUCACCAGAAACUCCUGUCUACACUGACACAGACCCAGGUGGCUGCUGUGUGCCGCCGGCUAGACACCUAUGCCCGCUCAGCCCGAAGACGACACAAGCCGCCCAUCAGAGACGUCAGGGAUAUCUUUGGGAUCUCCACUUCAAGGGAAGUAGCUUCAGAGAAUGGAGACUCAGGAAUGAAAUGUACCCAUUCUGUGGAUUCUGCAUCUCGUGUAGGACCCACAAAUCCCAGAGGACCACAGGAGCAGGCUGGGAUGGAGGAGGUCUUCAACAUGGACUCUGCCUACUCCGAACAAGCUGCAGUGCUUCUACAGAGGGCCAGGCCAUUCCCAGGAGGCACCUGUGCCUGGGGCAAGGGGUCCCUGCCGAGGUUCAGAAUCCCCAAAGGCAGACUGGGUGUGACCAGGAUAGCAGACUUGUCUUCAAGGGACUUGAAGAAGAUCCCUCCCUUGGCGCUGAUAGAGCUGACGGCCCUCUAUGACAUCCUGGGCCUGGACCUGAAGAGGAGCAAAGCCGGGAAGUGGAAAGGCUCAGACUCGGGCCUUUUUGGUGUGCCCCUUCACAGCCUGCUGGAAGCUGACCACAGAGUCCUCCCCAGCACCCAGGUCCCGCUGCUCCUGCAAGCUUUGCUGUCCUGUUUGGAAAAAAGAGGGCUGGACACAGAAGGCAUCCUCCGAGUUCCUGGAUCCCAGGCCAGGGUCAAGGGGUUGGAGCAAAAGCUGGAGCGGGACUUCUAUGCCGGCCUCGUGAGCUGGGACAAGGUUCAUCCCAAUGAUGCGUCCGACCUGCUCAAGAGGUUCCUCAGGAAGCUGCCGGCCCCUCUGCUCACAGCUGAAUACCUCCCAGCUUUUGCAGCAGUGCCCAACAUUCCCAACCUGAAGCAGCGCUUGCAGGCUCUCCACCUGCUAAUCCUCCUCCUUCCCGAACCCAACCGCAACACCUUGAAGGCACUCCUGGAAUUCCUCAGGAAGGUGGCAGCCCAGGAACAGCUCAACAAGAUGACCUUGUGGAAUGUUUCCACGGUGAUGGCUCCCAACCUCUUCCUGCCCCGAGGGCGGCCACCCAAGCUCCCCACGGGUGAGAAGCAGCUGGCAGAGGGCGCAGCUGAAGUGGUGUGCAUGAUGGUGCAGUACCAGGACCUGCUUUGGACGGUUGCCUCUUUCUUGGUAGCCCAAGUGCGAAAACUGAAUGACAGCAAUGGCCGCCGUUCCCAGCUCUGUGAUGGGGGCCUCAAGACGUGGCUGCGGAGGAUACAUGUAGACAGGGACAAGGCCGGGGACGGGCUUGAGGCGACUCCCAAAGUGGCAAAGAUCCAGGUGACCUGGCCUAGCAUGGAUCUUCUGCAGGUGCCUCUGAACCCCAGCACCAGAGUGACCCACAUCCUGAAGCUGUUCGCAGAGCGCCUCAAGCCUGGGUCACAGCCUGAAGAUGGCAGUGAGGACCCAGGCAGUAUUCUCUCAGACAACACGAAGCAGGCCAGCUUCCUUGUCUAUGAAGUUGGAGGGAAUAUUGGUGAACAUUGCCUGGACCCAGAUGCCUACCUCUUAGAUUUGUACCGUGCCAACCCCCACGGUGAGUGGGUCAUUAGACAGAGCCCCACCUAA